AUGGUGAAGCACCCAUCACCAGCAGAUGAAGUUGCCUCCAAUGAUGACCUCUUAGUCGAAAUCCUAAUACAUCCGCCUACAAAAUCACUCCUCCGAUUCAAAUCCGUGUCUAAACGCUGGCUCGCUCUCAUCACAAGCCCCCACUUGUCUCACCGUCGAUACCCUCACCCUUGCGCCCCCUCUGGUCUGUUCUUGCUGCCACUUUGUGGCAGCUCGCUUCGCCACCUAGACCUUCAUCCUUGCACCUGCUCUGGCCUACCCCCACACCCAUUCAACCACCACAUCCCUGAAGUCGAACUCAUCCUCAGCGACAGCCAUGAAAAUCUAACUGAUUCCCCCUUUAGAGCUCUUACUUGUUUUCCAGGCCUAUUGGGUGUAAGAAUUUUAGAUUCUUGCAAUGGACUAAUAUGUUGUUCUUGUGUUGUGUGUGAGGAAGACUACAAUCCUACUACCAAGCAGUUCAUUACGCUUCCCGAACCCGGUCAGGGUGUUCGAAGGAACUUUGAUGGCUUGAGUUUAGCUUUUGAUCCUUCAAAAUCACCUCACUACAAAGUAGUAUGUGUUUGGAGCAUUGUUUUGUUGAAUCAUGAGCAUUUUCAGAUUGAGAUUUACUCAUCUGAGACCAAAUUUUGGAGAAAAUCUGGUGAGCUUUUCACUGCAUAUGAUACAAAUUUUCAUGGUGGGGUCUAUUGGAAUGGUGCAAUUAAUUGGGUUAGCUUUUCGGGGGACUCAUUGUAUUUCAAUGUCGAUAACGAUCGGCUCAGAACAAUGGCAAUGCUACCCAUUCGCGACGGACAGUACGAGCGGCCGUUUAGGUACUUCAGGGAGUCUCAUGACCAUCUGCAUUUUAUUGAGAUCUAUUUCAUGACUUAA